AUGUCGGACAACAUUCCGUUCGAACUCCAAGCAGAAAUCAUCAGAAGGGUUCUUCCUGUCAAAUCUUUGAUUCGGUUCAGAUCAGUUUCAAAGCAAUGGAAGUCACUGAUCGAUAGCUCUGAAUUCAUCACUCAUCACACCCUCAAUCAGACUCAGCCGAAACAUCUACUAGUAAGGUACAUAACAAGAGCUUCUGGGUUCAGAUUUUUUUCUGAUGACAAAUGUUUGCAUGAGGAAAAAUAUGUUUCAAUUGUUGAUGAUGAUAACUUCCCCCACCACAAGUUUUCCCCUGUUGUUCCUCCAACUGUUAAACUUCAUGCGCAUCCAUUCAUGCUUGAUUGCUCUCACGGAUUGGUAUGUUUGCACGGAUGGUCUCGGGAUCGAGUGAAGAGAAAGAAACUGAUUGUUCUUUGGAAUCCGUUAAUUAGGAAAUCUGUUUGUAUAUCUAUACCGGAUCAUCAAAGGGAUGAUGUUAUUGGUUUUGGGGUGUGUCCUAAGACUAGUGACCCUAAGAUCGUGAAAAUUACACGUAAAGCUAAGGCGAAGGUUUUCACAUUAAGCUCUGGGGCUUGGAGAAGUGUACUAAUGAAUACGCCGUUUAAAUCAUUGCACUUUCGGAAUACACAGGUGGUUAUAGAUGGGGUUAUUUAUUGGCUUGCUUAUGAUGAUAUUACAUAUAAACUUAGGUUGUGUUCGUUUGAUUUGGCAAGUGAAGAAUUUGGAGAAGUAGUAAACAUAAACAUAGCCGUUCCUUAUUACUUAGUAGGACGCCCUAGAAAUAUUUGUAUGUACAAUAUAUCUAAGAUCAACGAGUCUCUUAUUGUGCUAACACCGGAUGGAUUUUGUGAUUGUAACGUAUGGAUGAUGUUGAAAAAUGGUGUUUCACAGCCCUCUUUUACAAAACUAUUCACUCUUACCGAUGUUGAUGUUGAUGUUGAUAGUAUGAUUGGAUUUAGGAAGAAUGGCCAACCGAUAAUCGAUCAUUCGAAGACGCGUGGAUUUGAUUGUGAACUAAAAGUUUAUGAACCCUGCUCGAAACGCAUCAACGGUCUUGGGAUUUAUGGGUCGGCCUUCAUGAUGACCUCCUACACAGAAUCACUACUUUUACUUAAUCAUUCUUAUUCUGUCAUUCACUGA